AUGUCAAAAAAAUUUUUUCCCUUACGAAAAACUCACCCAUUAUUUAAAAUUAUAAAUAAUUCAUUAGUUGAUUUACCUUCACCUUCUAAUAUUUCAAUUUGAUGAAAUUUUGGAUCAUUAUUAGCAUUAUGCUUAAUUACCCAAAUUUUAACAGGACUUUUUUUAACAAUAUAUUAUUAUGCAAAUAUUGAAAUAGCUUUCUAUAGAGUAAAUUACAUUUGUCGAAACGUUAAUUAUGGAUGAUUAAUUCGAACUUUACAUGCAAAUGGAGCAUCAUUUUUUUUUAUUUGUAUUUAUAUUCAUAUUGGACGAGGAAUUUACUAUGAAUCAUUUAAUUUUUUUUACACAUGAAUAGUUGGAAUUAUUAUUUUAUUUUUAUUAAUAAUAACAGCAUUUAUAGGUUAUGUUCUACCUUGAGGUCAAAUAUCUUUUUGAGGGGCUACAGUAAUUACAAAUCUUUUAUCAGCAAUCCCAUAUUUAGGAAAUAGACUUUUAAAUUGAAUUUGAGGGGGAUUUGCUGUUGACAAUCCUACCUUAACUCGAUUUUAUACUUUCCAUUUUCUUAUACCAUUUAUUAUUCUAGCAAUAACAAUAAUUCACUUAUUAUUUUUACACCAAACAGGGUCAAAUAAUCCAGGAACAAAUAGAAAUUUAGAUAAAAUUCCUUUCCACCCCUAUUUUACUUACAAAGAUUUAAUAGGAUUUAUUAUUAUAUUUAUUCUAAUUUUAUUAACAUUAACAAAUCCAUAUAUAUUAGGAGAUCCAGACAAUUUCAUCCCAGCUAAUCCUUUAGUAACCCCUGUUCACAUUCAACCAGAAGAAUAUUUUUUAUUUGCUUAUGCAAUUUUACGAUCCAUCCCUAAUAAACUUGGGGGAGUAAUUGCUCUUUUAAUAUCAAUUUUAAUUAUCGCUAUUCUUCCAUUUACUUUUAAUAAAAAAAUUCAAGGAAUUCAAUUUUACCCUUUAAAUCAAAUAAUUUUUUGAUCUAUAAUUACAACUAUUAUUUUAUUAACAUGAAUUGGAGCUCGACCUGUAGAAACCCCUUACAUUUUAACAGGACAAAUCUUAACAGUUAUUUAUUUUUCUUACUACAUUAUUAACCCAAUUGUAAAUAAAAUAUGAGAUAAAAUAAUUUUUUAUAAUUAA